CAUGAUUUAACCUACAAAACGGUGGCUCGUUACCUUCAAAUAAAUUAAAAUGAACAGAAUACGGACACAGUGCGCGUUGUGCGACAAAAAGUUCAUUAGGCGGUGCUCGCAAACGUUUACGUUCGAAAGCAAAGAAUUGGCAAAUGCGUAUCAACCGGACGAGGUGGAGAAAAGUGCAAACGGAGACUACUUCGUGCCAAAAAUCAAAUCCAACGAGAGACCCUUUAGUUUGGUACUGCCCCCGCCGAAUAUUACCGGUACAUUGCAUCUGGGCCACGCCCUUACGGCCACCAUACAAGACGUCUUGAUUAGAUGGCAGAAGAUGCGCGGUCGGGAGACGGUGUGGGUGCCCGGCUUGGACCACGCCGGUAUCGCGACGCAAGUCGUCGUAGAAAAAAGGUUGUGGAAGGAAAAAGGCCUGCGCAGACAGGAUAUCGGUCGCGAGAGGUUUGCCGAGGAAGUGUGGAAAUGGAAAAAGCAAAAAUCGUCCACAAUAAGGGAGCAGCUGAGGAGACUUAACGUGGCAUUAGACUGGGACAGGGAGGUGUUUACGAUGGACGAGGCGCGGUCGGCGACGGUCACCCGCGCCUUCGUCAAAUUGUUCGACCUCGGGCUCAUAUACAGGGCCGAUCGGCUGGUGAAUUGGUCGUGCGUGCUCCAGUCGACCAUCUCCGACAUCGAGGUCGACCACGUCGCCCUAGACGGCGCCACUGAUUUGACUGUACCCGGUUACGACCGCCCGGUUAGGUUCGGCGUCCUCGCCAACUUCGCCUACACGGUCGUGGGGUCGAGGGAGGAGAUAGUGGUGGCGACGACGAGACCCGAGACGAUGCUCGGCGACGUCGCCGUUGCCGUCCACCCCAACGACUCGCGCUACAGCCACCUGGUAGGCAAACGCUUGCGUCACCCAUUCAGGGACGAUGUCAUCCCGGUCGUGGCCGACGAUUUCGUCGACCCCGACUUCGGAACGGGAGCCGUCAAGUUGACGCCGGCGCACGACCCGGCCGACUUCGAGGCGGCCAAACGUCACGACCUCCCCGCCCCCCAAAUCAUCAACGAAGAGGGACGCCUGACCUCGUUCUGCGGCGACCUGGAGGGCGCGAAGCGUUUCGACGCGCGACGCACCGUGCUCGACCGCCUCGCCGACCUGCGACUUCUGCGCAGCAUCGCGGACCACCAGACGGUCGUGCCGCGGUGCAGCAGGUCCGGCGACGUCGUCGAGUUUCUGGUGCGCGCGCAGUGGUUCCUCGCCUGCGCCAACAUGGCGGAGACGGCGCUCAAUUGCGUCGAGGACUUCCGGCUGAGCCUCGAACCGCGCCAUUUUGAAAAGCAAUGGUCCGACUGGCUGCGGGAUACGCGCGAUUGGUGUAUAUCGAGGCAACUGUGGUGGGGGCACAGGGUGCCGGCAUAUUCUUGCUCGGGGGGAGGCGGACGCGCGUGGGUGGCGGCCGAAAGCGCUACCGAGGCGCGACGCAAGGCCCGGGCGGUACUCGACUGUGCGGAGGACGACGUCGUCGCCGCGCAAGACGAGGACGUCCUCGACACGUGGUUCUCGUCGGCGCUGCAACCGUUCUCCGUGUUCGAUCAGAAGGGGGACCUAGAGAGGUACUAUCCGCUCAGCAUGAUGGAGACCGGACACGAUAUAUUGUUCUUUUGGGUGGCGAGGAUGGUGAUGCUGUGUACUCAGAUCACGGGCGUGUUGCCUUUUCGCGAGGCGAUACUGCACGGGAUCGUGUGCGACGCGCGCGGACGCAAAAUGUCCAAGAGUUUGGGCAAUGUUGUCGCGCCCGACGAUGUCAUCCGCGGCGCCACGUUGCCGGAUCUGGAGAAAUCGAUAGCGGACAGCUACGAGGCCGGUCUUUUUACCGAGGAGGAGUUCGUGCGCGCGAUCAAAACCCAGCGGGAGGCGUUCUCGGCCGGCAUACCCCAGUGCGGCGCGGACGCCCUUCGUUUCACUCUCCUCACGCACAACGUCAAGAGUCACUUCGUGGGUUUUGACGUGUCCGAGUGCCACGCGAAUCGCCUGUUUUGCAACAAAAUAUGGCAGGCGACGAAGUUUACCCUGUUUUGGUGCCGGCAAGUGGAAGAUCGCGCGGCGUUGCGCGAUCUAGCGGAGGCGUCGCUCAUGGACCGGUGGAUUCUCAGCAGGCUCAGCGCGAUGGUUAGAGCGGUUCACGCGGCCUUCGAAAGUCGCGACUUCUACGUCGCCACCACCGCCAUCAAGCAGUUUUUGUACUACGAAUUUUGCGACAUUUAUUUGGAAUGCGCCAAAACGCCAUUGCGAGACGCUGGAAACGUCGAAGUUGCUAAACGUGCUUGUCUCACCCUCCUGCAAUGUCUCGACGUGGCACUUCGAUGCCUCGCCCCCUUCAUGCCGUCACUCAGUCAACAUUUGCAUGAACGCUUGCCUCGUCGUUGGAACGUCGGUCAAGAUCGGGGAUUUCCGCAGGAAUUGGACUGGGACGACGAAACGUUGGAGAAGGACGUCGAGAGGGCGAGGGACGUUGUGGUGGCCUUGCGCAGAUUAAAAAAAACCUUUAACGUGAGCGCAAAGCACGACGCGCAGGCCGUCGUCGUCACGACGGACGCGGCGUUGCCGCUUUUCGCGCCGACCAUGAGGGAUCUCACGGGUUUACGCGGCUUGGCCGUCGCGACGGCCCCGCCCCACGACGUCGCCGAUUACAUCGAGGAUUCGGCGUCGGGUACGAGGGUGUUUCUGAAAGUACCGCCGGAAUUGAGGGAGGCGCUGCGAGCGGACGUCCUUAGGUUAAGGAAGACGCGGGGCAAGCUCGCCAAGGAGUUGGUCAAGAUGGACAAAAUGAUGUCGGGAGACGGUUACGCGGCGAAGGCGAGCGCGGACGCCAGGAAAGCGCACUCCGAGAAGGUGGCAGCACUGCGCGAAAAAAUCAAUCGGAUCAACUACAUAGAGCGGUUGUCGCGAGAAAAGUGAUGCCGGCUAUUUUUAAAUUAAACCCGUCGAGUUUAAGUGGCGUGGCGUUUUUUUUUCCUCCUUCGAAACGCGACUUAAAUGUUCCGAAUUCGGGAGAACGUUUUUAAAAACAUUU